AUGUAUGUCAUUGGUCCAAUAGAGCCAGCCGCCUCUAACGGACACAGAUUCAUUUUGGUUGCCAUUGACUACUUUACCAAGUGUGUGGAAGCAGUUUCGUAUAAGUCGGUGACUAAGAAGGUUGUAGCUGAUUUUGUUCGCAACAAUUUAAUAUGUAGGUUUGGAGUGCCAGAAUCCAUCAUUACCGAUAAUGGAGCGAAUCUCAACAGUCAUUUGAUGAGAGAAAUAUGCGAACAAUUCAAGAUUACCCACCGAAAUUCAACCACUUAUCGUCCCCAAAUGAAUGGAGCCGUAGAAGUUGCCAACAAGAACAUAAAGAAGAUUUUGAGGAAAAUGAUUGAUAAUCGCAGCGUUAUACCUGCAGAAGUUGAAAUACCUUCAUUGAGAAUCAUCCAACUAGCUGAAUUGAACGAUGUUGAAUGGGUUCGCAAGCCGAUCGAUCAGUUAACCUUGAUUGAUGAGAAGAGAAUGGUUGUUGUUUGUCAUUGUCAACUGUAUCGACAAAGAAUGAUCCGUGUUUUCCACAAGAAAGUAAGAGCCAGGAUAUUUGAAAUUGGUCAGUUGGUUCUCAAAUGCAUUUUUCCUCAUCAAGUCGAGUACAAAGGGAAAUUUGCACCAAAUUGGCAAGGACCCUACAUGGUUCGCAAAGUGUUAUCCGGAGGUGCCUUAGUCUUUUCGGAGAUGGAUGGCACCGAAUGGCCGAAACCGAUCAACUCAGAUGUUGUCAAGAGAUACUAUAUCUAA